GGCAAGGGGGCAAUGGAGUCAGCAGCGUUGCCGGUCCCGAAGGAGGAAUUGUCCGGGGGGGAGGCAGUAGCUAGAGCAAGGUAGAAAGAACCAGAGCCCGGCCAGCCAGUCGGCAGGGCUAGGCUUAGCUAGCAAAGCCGUAGCAAGAGACAGACAGAGACAGGGCUGCUACCUGCGGGCUGCGGGUGAUGGGCGGCAGCCGGGGGGGAUCCCCUCAAGGGGGCGUGAUUCGAUUCCAAUAUGGUGUGUGUGUGUGUGAGAGAGAUAGAGAGAGUUUGCGUAAUGUGCGUGCGAAUGCGUGUGUAUGCAUGGUGUGGGAAAGAAAACGUGUGGGAAGAAUGCGCCCCACUGAUCGGCCCUCCCCGCCCUCCCUCUCUUGUUGGCGUGUUUCAAAACGACAACGACGACGACGACGACGACGAGAGAGAGAGAGAGAGAGAGAGAGAGAUGAGGCGGACAGGCUCGAAGCCCAGUGCAAAUCCUCAGUAGGGGCAGCGGGCGCAGUGCGCACUGCCGGGGCAGUAGUCGUGGGUGCCGAAGUCGACUGCUCUACAGCAGAACGAGCAGCAGUAGUUGACGAGCUCUUGGUGUUCCUUGACGGCCAUUGUGGCGGGUGUGUGUAUUUUGUAUUGUGGACUAGGCUGUCCUGUUGGCUGGCGACGUUGACAGUACGAAGGCAACUUAAACUCGAACAAGAGCGAAAAGGGGUUAGAACGGGCCAAAAAAGGGGUUUGACAGCUGGAGCGGAGCUAGUGUGCAAGUCUGGGUCUGAUACGCAAGACAGCUAAAGCUUGGGGGGCACGCGUGUUGUUCAGUUCUUGAAAAGCAAACGAGGUGUCGAUCUGGAGGGUGACGGAGAAGGCGAGGGCGGACAGAGGGUUUAAGUAUUUCGGCCUCGAGCGAAGCGUUAUUGCUUGGCGGCUGGCGUUGGGGCACGAGUCUAAAAUGUCAAAGCCCCAAGUAGGAAACUGAAUGGCCCGGUAGGGUAUUGAUGAGAAUGACAGGCCGGAGC